AGACUUGACGUUCACCAUUCCAUUGAUUGUGUAAUGUUUUUGUUUUACUUCUUCCCGGAUUAUUCCUUUUAUAAUGUAGAAUUCAUACUUACAGGAAAAUACAGAUUAUUAUAAUAUUUACUUAUUAACUUAAUUUUUUAUAAUCUAACUUGUAUUAUUAUGUUAAUAUUAGGCCUGCCUGCCUCCCUUUUUUUCAGAUUUGAUGAGUUUGUUCAAAUCAAAAUCAAGUCAAUUGUCAAUAGAAACUUUCUGAACCCAUGCUCAUACACUGGGGUCGUGGGGUAUUCAGGGAUUCACUUGUUGGAUUUGACUUCAAUAUGAAUAUCCUAUCAAGUAGAAACAAAGUCGUUGCAAAAGCUAAUACUAGCAUACUAAGAGACUUAAGCCUAUGGCCAUGGCUAUGGCUAUGAUGCCUAUCCCACUGCUUUUCAGUUUCAAAUGCUAAUAUAAUAGGCAAAUAAGCUAAUAAAGAAGAGGGUAAAUUAUAAACCCUAAUUCAAUGCAACUAUAAUAAACACGCAAAUGACGUCAUGGAGAGAACAUUUAUAAUCAGCCAAAGCAGUCUCUGACUCAAAUACAGAUAAUCCUUAGGCUUAGGCGUAGAUACUUCGAUAAAACAAGGGAGACUACUACUUUUUUGUAUCGGAAAUAAGCGUCGGCGCCUAAAAAUCAGAGUUUUUAAUUUUCCGAUGUGUGUGUCUAUUUAUUAUUAAAUUAGUUCUUUGGACAUAUAUUUGAGUUCCGUUUCCGGCCUUAUAAUUUGGAAGACAUCUUGGCCUACAUUUCCAUCCAACUAUUUUGCUUUUUUCAAUCGAACUUCAUUUUGAAAAUCUUUGUUAUAUAUAAGGCAUCUUCGAAUACAAAAUUUUUUGUGAAAUAAAAGGAACAUGUCUUUCAUAUUAAAUCGUGUAAGGCAUUAGAUAUUGAUAUAUAUCUGUGCCAAUUCUCAUUGAUGUAGGUAGUGUCCCACGUUCGCUACGCUUCUCCCAGUGACCCAUAUCACCAUAAGGGGGCUCAGCCUUAUUUUGACAUGGCGUGGGCCACGCCCCCUUUUUAAUGGCGGAAGUUGCCAAUACUUAAGAAAUAUUUAAUUAUUACCACUAUAUACAUCAAAAUAUUUGAUAACUUGUGUUUCAGAAUGCAUUUUGAAGACAUUUAAACUGGAAUGUUUUAAUUUGAGCUUUAAAAACACUGUAGAGUCCAUAUUAUAAAUGAUCAGAAAUUUCCGUGUGCAACACGUUGUCAUUGGCAACCAUUCACAGCCACUUGCAUAACGGCUAUAUCGUAGUACUAUCUCAGAGUUUCAUUCAUAAGAGUUUGCCGUGUGCAAAAACUAUUAAACCAUUGGUCAGGGAAAGCUUUAAUUAAUUAUUCAUGUGCCAAAGUUGAAAGUUUAAAAUAAGUCAACCCUAAACAGUAUUUUAGUGAUGAGGGAAUGCCUUAGCCUUAUAUAAACUAUAUAGUCAUUGCGCAUGACGCAAUGAGCGGAAUGAGGUCACAGAAUGUGGAGAUGCAGUCCAUGUUAAAAAAGGACAAACCAAGUCGUACUUUAAAAAUUCAUAACUUUAAAACUACAACAGCUAAAAAUAUAAUUUUGGUGUUAUAAUUCUGUAAAAAUUUAGUUCUAUUCAACUAUGCCAUUGGUUUAUUUUUACAAAAUGUUAAAAUUUUUGACCAAAGUAUCUAGGCCUUAGGCAAUUUAGGGCGAAUAGAAUAGGAUUGAAAGGGUCAGAUAACUCUAAGAAUGUCAUAAUAACUUAAAUGAAUAACUCUAAGAAUGCCAUAACUUAAAUGAAUAACUCUAAAAAUAUAACUUAAAUGAAUUAUUGAAUAAUUUUAAGAAUGUCAAAACUUCAAUGAAUAAUAGCUUAAAUUAAUAAUUCUAGAAUGUCAUAACUUAAAUGAAAAGGCUCUCUCUCCAAACAAUUCAAACAUGGCUAAUGAUUCAAAUGGCAAGGCAAUUAACCAUCAUUUUAAAUAAAAUUUAAAAAAAAUUUAGAUCUGAUUUUUAGAAUCAGUCCAUAAAUAUGUGAAGAAAAAUCUUUUAGACCUACUUAUACUUAAUAAUAAUAAUAAAGCUUAUUUGAAAAUCACGCUUCAUCCCCUAGGCUCAAGGCGCGGUACAAAGUCAACCAUAUUAAAAAAGAAAUGAAAAAAUCUAUAUUUUACCACAUUGAAAUACAAAACGCAACAUUACAAAAAUUACAUACGAGAAUACUCAUUCUAAGUCUUUCAUCCCUUGCAACCAAUAGGACUGAGAAUGACAUAUUUUCAUAACCUGUUUUAGUUUAAAAUAUUCACAUUAAUCAUAAUACUCAUAAUGGCUUCAUUAUUACUGCAUAUUGUUAUUUUUAAAAAUAUAAUGUCUCAUUUUUUCAAUAAUGAUUAUCAGGACUUUUGACCAUAGAUUUGGAAGUAAAAUUGGUGUCAAGAAAAAAAAAUGAACAUGGAUGUUGAUGAAGAGCAAGAGGCUAACAAUAUGGAGGAUAACACACAACAAGAGCCACCAAGAACCCCCCUUGUUUUUAAUCCAGCAGGUUGAGUGAACAAUUAGCAUGCAGUAGAUUAACUGUCCCUUGUGGUUGUGCUUAGUUUGUGUUAAUAUUUAAUCACAUAUGGGGGUGAUUCUAGGUUAGUCUAGGUCACAGAGUAAAACUUUUGUCUUGUAUUUAACUUUUUAACAUAUGUCUGCAAGUGGGGGUUGGUGGUGGAAAAGAUGCAUUGUUGUUGUGGAUUAUGUUUGGUUUUUAAAAAAAAGUUAAAAAUUCACCUUUUUCUUGUUAGGUGAUAAUGCUCUGGUCAUUAAAAAUGAAACUUGAAUAAUAGAGAGGAUCUUAAUUAAACAUAGUGAUCAUUUGGUCUUUCUGUAACUGUAAGGAACUGGUCACUAUAGCUGCACACUAAGCGUGUAAAGCCAUAAAAUAAUUUUUUCAUAUCUGAAUAAACUGGGUCUGGGCUUAUAACAUAAUUGCUGUCUGCAGCGGAAUAAGGUGGAUGGAUUGGAGAGUAGAUAAGAGUAAGGAUUUGGACAUGGUUUGUAGUGGGGAGAAGGGAGAAUUUAGAAGAUGAGGUGAACACAGGCUGCCUCCUGUGGCGUCUGAUCUCCUAGUUUUUAAAUGAUAAAUGUCUAUUAAUACACAUGUUUCAUUCACUUAAACCCCACUUAUAAAAACCUCAUAUACAGUUGGUAAUAAAUAAUGGUAGUUUUUAAUUUUGUCAAAAUCUCUUAGAUUAUGGACCUGUGGAGGUUCCUGAUUUGGUAAUGUCUGUAGCAACAUAUGAAACCAAUGGUCCAAGGCUUAUGAUCACUCAGAUUGUCAAUGAAAAUUUCAAGUCUUAUGCUGGAAUUCAGAAAUUGGGACCCUUUCAUAGAGUAAGUUCUAUUAUUUUUAAAAGUAUGAUUAAAGAGUUAGCUUUAGACAACUUGGGAUUCUUAAAAUAGAUACAUGCUACGGUCCUCUAUUGGUGGUCUAGUGAAGUCCAGUUUUGUUUGAAACUUUUGAAAAUGGUGAUUUCCUUGAUCCCACCAUUAGGUCAAUGAUUUUUUAAUCAUUGUUUUGGCUCUAGUUUCAUUAAAAGGCUGAGAAUAUAUAAAUAAAUCAGUUAUGUUCAUAAUCUAAAAGCUUUUAUGUUUUACUUUGGUGCUUUUCAAUGUCUUUGAAUUAUUUUUUUUAUGAGCAGCUGGGGGCUUUUGUAUUUUAAAAAGCAUUUUCUUUAUAUUUAUAAUGGUCAACAUUUUUACUUUAUCAGCAGCAGAAGGAUAUAAUAAUUUUAAUAAUUAUUAAACAAUUGAUUUUCAAGCACUUUAAAAAAAAAAUGCUUUUCUAUUUCCCUCAUCUUUACUUAGACUAUGCUGUUGCUAUCUCAUGAUUUCCUAACAAAACCUCAAAAAAGACUGUGACAUAACUAUUAACAAUCUUGAAAGUAUUUCACCCAAACUGAAAACAUUUCUUGAGCUCCGCCAUUUAUAAUUAAUGGGUUGAACAACACUAUCCUACUGGUGUAGUUUAUACAGAGAAUAGCUUAAAAUUUAUUUCCAUUUUCUGAUAACUUUUGUUGCCCCUCAACAGAACUUCACAGCAAUCAUCGGCCCCAAUGGAAGUGGAAAAUCUAAUGUCAUCGACUCCAUGCUGUUUGUUUUUGGUUACCGUGCCAACAAGAUCAGAUCCAAGAAGAUAAGUGUCCUUAUUCACAAUAGCGAGAAGCACCAAGACAUCAACAGUUGCACAGUAGCUGUACAUUUCCAGAAAAUCAUCGACACAGGGGUUUGUCUUAUUUAUACUUAUUUAUUUUACAUCUUAGUUUACUACUUCUGACUUAAGUUCAUAACCAUAGCCAUAAGACUGAUUAACUUACUGGUAUUUCAUUGUUGAGAUUUGUUAAUAGCAGUUUCACAAAUUAUAAAAAUCUAUCAAACUUAUCAGUGUUCAAGAAAUUGAAUUCCUGUGUUUAAAAAUAAAUAAAUAAUAAACUCUAUGAAUCAAUUACGAUUUCAGCCAGAUGAUGAUCAAUACACUGUUGUUCCAAACAGUGAGUUGGUGGUUUCUCGAGUGGCAUUCCGUGACAACAGCUCCUGCUAUUACUUGAAUGGCAAGAAGGCUGCCUAUAAAGAAGUGGCCCAAGUUCUUAGAGGUUCUGGUAUUGAUUUGGACCACAACAGGUUUCUUAUUCUUCAGGUACUUGCCUGCCAGCACUUUUAUUAUUGGACAGAUAAAAUGAUUAAAAGCUUUGUUUUAAGCAAAAAAUGACUAACUUUUGAAAUGAAACUUUUUCAUUCUCUCUGUAGGGCGAAGUUGAACAAAUUGCUAUGAUGAAGCCUAAAGCACUCACUGAGCAUGAAGAUGGGAUGUUGGAGUUUUUGGAAGACAUCAUUGGAUCCAACAGAUUUAAGCAGCCAAUAGAUACACUAAACAAACGCAUGGACACUCUAAAUGACCUGCGCUCUGAAAAAGUAAGGAUUCUUCUUGGCUCAAUGAAGAAGAAUAUUUAACUUUUUUUUAAAAAAAUUGUUUUUUUUUUGGUAUUUUAAUAAUAUUUUUUUUGUAUCUAUUUAAUCUAUGAUUACAGACCUGUUUACUCUUACAAUUUUGGCGUACAAUGUACGAUUUUGGCGUACAAUGUAAGAUAUUGAGGUGUAUGCAUUAUAUACACUGUGUGGUUUUUUUACUAUUAAGAUAAUGUAUUGAACAAUUUUGUGGGGAUAUUGUACGAUUUUAAGAGUUUGGGGGUAAACAGGUCUGUGAUUACUCAUUCUAUGCCCCAAAACAAGUUAAUUUUCCCAAAUGACUUUUUUUUUCUCCAGACAACCCUACCUCCCCCCCAAACACAUUUAGGAGAUUUCCUACACUUUAUCUGAAUUAUAAAAUUUAAGUGUAGAAACUGUUGAAAAUAUUUAGCUGCUAAGGUACUUCACAAGGACGAUAAUCAAACAAGCAGAGGCAACCACCAACGACAAACUUAAAAAAUGGUUCCAUUUUAUUGGUCUAAGCCAGGCCUGCACCACUCAAAAUGUAAGGCGGGCCGUAAUACUUAAUGAAAAACUUUUUGUGCAGGCCAAAAAAAAUAGGACAGGACUUGUGCGGGCCAAAAGAAAAUAGGACAUGGGGGAAAGCCAUUAAUAAAAUAAUAAUAAUAAAGAAUAUUUCCUUGCUUUGCGGGCCGCAAAAUGGGUGCUGGCGGGCCGCAUGUGGCCCGCGGGCUCUAUGUUGUGCAGGCUUGGUCUAAGCAAGCUAAAUCCUUUAUUUAAAAAAACAAACUGGGUAGCCAGUCUUUAGCAAAGUUUUUUUUUUUUACAAUAAUUGAUGAUAAGGAAUGGAUAUGUUACACUUCUCAGCCCCAACGAUGAGGCAUGUGUAAAAAAAACAAACAACUAAAUUGGGAACUUAAAGGGCAAUCACCUUGACUUCUACUGAAUCUGUGUUUGUAUUUUCAAAGCGUAAGAUUAUAAAAUAUCAAUUUAUCUUUUCCAGCUCAACCGUGUGAAAGCUGUAGAAAAAGAAAUGGAAAACCUGGAAGGUCCUAAAAAUGAAGCUGUGGAGUUUCUUCUUGUGGAAAAUGAGUUUGUGAGACUCAAGAACAAGAUGUAUCAGAAAUACAUGUAAGUGAAUGUUAUUCCAAUGAUAGUAUGUGUGUGUGUUUGUCAUGUUCUUGAAAUUAAUAUUUAAAAAGAAAGGCAGGACUCAAUCUUUGGUGUUGAUACACUGAUGGGACAGUCUUGUGGACGAAACAUCAAGUUGUUUGUUGUUGAGAUUUGGUGAAUAUUGGGACUAAAUUGACAGAUCUUGCCUAAAAAAAGUGGACUAGAUGUAGAUACUGGAUGACAUCAUUCAUUUCAUUCUGCAACAACAGGGUAGAUCUUUUUGAAUAUUUUUACAGUAUAUUGUGCCGGGACCCCACGCAAAUGGAAAAUAGUCAGGUAUUCAUUGAAUAAUUUUCCCGGACGGUAAAAUGGGCCUUCGAGUAAGGGAAUUUUCCAGCUAGUCAGGAAUUUUUUAAUUUGUAAAAAAUAAUAUAAAAAUUUGGAUUCCAUGAAAAUUGACGUCAAUCGCAGGCGUCGUCUAUUUUUAGCCUUUCUGUUAUCAAAAGGACUUUGCCAAAAUGCUAGUGGUUUCCCCUUAACUGCGCAUGCGUGUUUAGCUCUAAGAGUUUCGAAUACCAUACUACUUUGAUGGACCAGAAAUAUACUUUGCCAAAAUGCUAGUGGUUUCCCCUUAACUGCGCAUGCGUGUUGAGCUCUACCUACGAGUUUCGAAUACCAUACUACUUUGAUGGACCAGAAAUAUUUAUUUUAUUUUCACAUCGCCAAUCAAGAGAUGUUUGACUGUUUGGGUAAGUAAAGUGUAAAAUAUAGUAAAUAAUUAUUAGAAUAUAGUUUUCAAUUUUGAGUUAACCAUUAUAAAUAGAAAACUACUCAUCCAAGCACUGUCUAAACUGCCUAAGCUUAGUGUACUUUGUUAUGUCUUAGUCUUAAUAAGUUGAUUUUUAACGAUUUUAUUGUAUGUAGGCGACUGACAUGUAUUUUUUAUUAGAGCUAGGUAGCCUUUAACUUCUUUAAAAGACUUGAUAAAUUCACUUUACAUUUAAUUAUGGAGCAGACUUUCUAAAUUUAAAUAAGCUAAUAUGAUUAUGUUAUUUUGUGAUAUUAUUUUAGCAUAGCUUAGUUAACUAGUUUACGGCUAACUUUGUAACUUAUUUAAAAGUUAAUAAAACUAGUUGAUUUGACUUGACACUUGAUACAUUGAUUCAGGGAGCCUAACAUAACUGUAUAUAGUUAUUCUUUAUUAAUAGUUAUGCACUUCUGUGCCCUGGGUAUACUUGACAGUAUUAUUCUAUCAUUCAUAAGCACAGUGGCAUAGGCUAGGAUGGUUUGGGGGGGGGGGGGGGCCUUGGGGGACCAAAAAAAUCGCUGUGAAUCCAUCGUUCUGUCUAUCUAUCUAUGUGUGGUUCAGAUCAAUGAUCCAUUCUCCUUCUGGGAUAAUCCUGGCUAUGCUGUUUCAUGUGCAUAUGCUUAUCUUAGUAUCUGACUCUGUAUUAUCGUAGUUUAGUACUGGUACAAUAUAGUCUAUAUGAUGUAUGCCUUACUAUAAAUUAUAAAUCUAAUAUGAUAAUAUAUUUUAUUUUGUUUCACUAUUCAGGAUAUAGGCUCAAUAAAAUAAUGCCCAACAGCCUGAACAGUUUCUUUAAAGACUGAUGGUCAGGACAGCUAUCAUGAUUGAAAAAGUCAUCACUGCUACACUAUGCUGGAAAUAUUGGUAUCAAGUAUUCAAUGGGGAAAUGUUAAAACAAUUUCUAUCAUCUGAUGAGACUUCAGCUUUAUCACCUAUCUUAGGUGUCCAGUUCUGCAACUUCUCAGUCAAGCUCCCAAUUUAUGUGUCAAAAUAUGAAACCCUCAUUGGAGAGAUUUUAUAGUUAUAGACACUAAAGUGUGUUAACUCAAACUCUCCAUUUUCAUCACAAAGAAGAGAACAUUAACUCCAUAUAAGAAAAGAUGCUUUCCACUUGUGGUUGCUAUAUGUAUGUUCUAAAAUGCCCCGGAGAACACACUGCAAAAGUUGCCCUUGCACUUUAAAAGUAAACAACAAGUUUUCAAGUCUAAGUAAAUUGAAAAAUUCCAAUGGCAAGGAAAUUUAAUAAAUAUUCUAUGUAUACACCGUAAUUACUUAAUUUGUUCAUUUGUGAUGUAUUUCAAUGUUGUUUUUGCUUUGACAAUUUCAUGCUUGUUUUUAUAUUAAUCAACAAAAAUGCAGCGAUGUGAUAGUCAGGAAUUUUGUUUGUUUUUAGAUGGGGAAAAGUAGGGAAUUUAGUUUUUAAAAAAGAGUGUGAACCCUGAUUGUGAUGUUACAGGUAUUAUCGUACAAUAAAUUGGGAUAAUAUCGCAUAUUGCAAAGCUUUGUCAGUGUUGAGCUACCUGUAAAUAUUAUAGAAGACAUUCGAAUUUUGUAAGCAAUUUUCUUUUCACAUUAUGAACGCAUCUGAGGGGUGGAAAGAUGAAAUUAGACGAUUCAUUUUUGAGUGGCACCCCAGACGGUUUAUACAUGAUCUUGAUUUAUUUGUUCUCAACAGCAUGGAGUGUACCGAGAAUGAAACUAAAGCCCAGGCAGAGUGUGACAAGGUGAAUGAAACAAUGAAAAAUUACAAAGAAAAGCUUGGGAGUGUAAUCGAGAACAAGAAUCUGAAGACAAAGGAGUACAAUAAAGUUAGGAAGUACGUAAAAUUGUCAUUGUAUCUUAAAAUAUUCCAGUUGCAAUGUCCGCCUUUGGCUUGCUGUGUUGGUUUUUAUUGUCAUUGGUGCUUUUGGUGAACUAUUUUACUUGGGUUGGAUCUUUUUUCAGCCAGUGUCUGGCAUGUCUUAGAGUUGGGUGAUACCAUGGAAGCACUUAAGGGAAAUGACCACCCUGGCUAGUUAUUUGCAGGGUUAUCAAUGGCUGUGAAGUUGUGCCUACAUUCCCAAGAGUGUGUGUGUCUGUGAUUUCCUUAGUUUAUUUCUCAACACAUGGUUUUAUACAGUAUUGAAAUGCGUGUGGUUAAUGGUCAUUUUGCAUUUCCUCUACAUUGCUGUAAGAAACUUGUAUAAAAAUUAACUGUCUUUUCUUGAUGAAAUGAAGAAAGGAAAAUAAUAGAACUUAAUUGUUUGCCUCAAGGCAGUAUUGGUUUAAAAGCUGAAGUUGUAUACUUCAGGUUGAAAUGUUACUCAUAAAAUGAUGAUGGUUUAUCAUGUUUAAUCGUGUCUCAUGUCCUUGAUCGUUUAGGGAAUAUGAGAAACUCCUGAAAGCCUCAGAGGAAAGCAAAGAGAAGUUUGCAGAGACAGAGAGUCAAGACGCUAAAUGCCGAGAGGACAUCAAGCUCAACAAGGCAAAGCUGAAAAAGUUGGAGAAAUCCCUGGAGUCGGAAACUGCUAAGGUAAACUUUGGGCUUACUAUAUUAUUUUUGUUUGUGCCGAGUCUUAUAAUUACUAUUAUUCAUCACUAAGGGAUGUCUAUCCGAACAAACUGGAAUACAUUUGAGAAAUUUUGGACAUUUGGCUGACAUGAGAUAAUGUUAAUAUACAUUUAUUCUCCAGCAUUCCUAUGACAUCAUCUGAAAAGAAUGGCUAUAAUUUCUUAAUUUCUCAACUUCUGUUUUGUUUUUGUAGGUUGAAGAAUUAAAACUUGUACCAGAGCAAGCAGAGCAGGCGUGUGCCGACCUUCAGAAGAAGUUGCAGAACUUGGAAAAGGCAAAGGAUAAAGAAGAGGAAAACGAGAAGGCGGUUAUGGAUAGUUUGAAGGACGAAACAAAGGUUACAUCUUAGAGCAUAAAUAUCCAUUUUAAAAAAAAAUUAUUUCUCUUUUAUAAAUACAUGUAUCAUUUAGAUUAGAAAAUUGUUGCCUCUUCCAGAAAUCCUUUCCACAAAUCUUUUAAACUUUCUUUCUUUUUAAUAAGAUGUUUUUAUACCAUUUACAUUGUUUGAGAUCUAAAUAAAAAUCAUAUAACUUUUGUAUCUAAUGAUCUUUUUUGUACUUAACCUUUAAUUUUAAACCCUCUCUAAUUGCGAUUGUUUAAUGGUAAUUGAAAGUUCGAAAGUUCGUUCAUCAAAAUGUAUUUAUCAAUAGGUCUCGGGAUCACACGAUCAACUUGAUUUUAUUAUUUUGAACAAAAUGUUGCCUUAGUGAAAUUCGUGGUAAAUUAUUUAAAAAUAAUUGCGUGCCAAUGUACGGAAAGACUAUGAAGUUGUCUUACAAAUAAUAAUCUUGUUCCUCAGGGCAUACAAGAAGAAAAGAAUGUUAAGGAAGCCCAGCUGCUGGCUCAACAAGGAGAGCUCAAUGAGAGAAAAUCUAAAGUAAGUUUGUUUCUUUAUUAGGUUGCAUUAUUGAGGUUUCAUUUUUAAUAGCUUUAAGCCAGGGUUGUCCUAUUUUUUUUACCACAUCCGAAGAGAAAUUUAUAACAUACUAACUUUAACAGACACAUUUAUUCAAAUACAUAAAAUUUAUAUUAUUUUAUAAUCACUGAAUUUUGUUUGAUUGUGUGUCUAUUUGUGUAAGUUUUCCCCAGGAGCCCAGGGGAAUGGGUAUUUUAGUACCAGGGGUCCAGGGGAAUGGGCAUUUUAGUACCAGGGGUCCAGGGGAAUGGGCAUUUUAGUACCAGGGGUCCAGGGGAAUGGGCAUUUUAGUACCAGGGGAAUGGGCAUUUUAGUACCAGGGGUCCAGGGGAAUGGGCAUUUUAGUACCAGGGGAAUGGGCAUUUUAGUACCAGGGGUCCAGGGGAAUGGGCAUUUUAGUACCAGGGGAAUGGGCAUUUUAGUACCAGGGGUCCAGGGGAAUGGGCAUUUUAGUACCAGGGGAAUGGGCAUUUUAGUACCAGGGGAAUGGGCAUUUUAGUACCAGGGGUCCAGGGGAAUGGGCAUUUUAGUACAAGGGGUCCAGGGGAAUGGGCAUUUUAGUACAAGGGGUCCAGGGGAAUGGGCAUUUUAGUACCAGGGGUCCAGGGGAAUGGGCAUUUUAGUACCAGGGGUCCAGGGGAAUAGGCAUUUUAGUACCAGGGGUCCAGGGGAAUGGGCAUUUUAGUACCAGGGGUCCAGGGGAAUAGGCAUUUUAGUACAAGGAGUCCAGGGGAAUAGGCAUUUUAGUACAAGGAGUCCAGGGGAAUGUGUAUUUUAGGACCAGGAGCCAAGGGUUCAAAGGGUUAAAUUAUUUUUUCUUUUUAAAUUAAUUAAUUUGAUAAGACCAUUCAAUUUUAAUAUUCCUUUUUACCUUUUGGAAAACAUGAUCACACAUUAUAUUUUAAUUUAAAAAAAAAAUAGUUCUACUUUGAAUUUGAUAAACCAUUUUAAAAAAGCUCAGUAUAAAGUUUUAUUUUGUUAGCUUCAAGUUGCUGAGUCUGAGCUUGAUCUGUACACCAGCAGGCAGCAGUUGGAGACCAAAAAGUUAGACGCAAUCAAACAAAAAUUGAAAGACUCUGAAGCCUCAUUAGAAAAACGACAACAGUAAGUCAAUAUUUCUUGCGUCCUUGUAGUCUUUCAGAAUUGUCAAACAAUUAUUAUUAUUUUAACUUUUAGAUGCACAUGUGGUUUAUAGGUGCCAAGUUAUUUUCAUUCCUCUAUUGAUUCAUAAUUUCUGUGCAGAGAUGCAAAGCGACAUGAAGAGGAAAUUCCAAAAGUGGAAGCCAAAUUGGCCACUGCAAAAGAAGCACUGCAGCAAAUAACUAAGGCAGAGGCUGCAUGUGAGGAAAAGGUAUAAUUGAAUCUGUUGACUUUAAGUAAGACUUUGUAAAAAAUACUCCAUUGCCCACAAUUUUCCAUGUAUUACAUGUCACAACAUGAAUUUAAAUUUGUAGAAGGCUUUAAGACUUUGCUAGUUCAAAUCCAGCUGCAAAGUAGUUAGUGCUGGUAAAUUUGUUUUGUCAUUUUUGUUUUUGGUUAACUGACACUAAGGUCUUACUAGUUUUAAAUUAUCUAACCAGCUUAACUCUUUACAUUCUUUGAAUUUUGCAAGUUUUUCAUGAGAUUUCUAGUGACCUUUAAAAAAGAGUCAAUAACUUUUAGAAUCCUUGUCUAAAAUUGUUCAUGAUGGUAUAUAUAUUAUUGUGGGGAAAUGCAUGGUUUCUAAAAAUAUUUGUUUUCAAACACAUAGUGUCAAUACUUAGAAGUUGUGAAAAAAAUAAUGCAAUUUUUAAAAAAUGAAAAUGUUUAUAUAAAAAAAAAAAUUGGCAAAGAAUGAAAAAAACAAACCACAUAAAAUUAUUUAAUAAGAUCUGUUUACUUAGAAAGCAAAUUCAUUUUCUUAUAUCAUAUGCAUGAUUUAGAACAUUUCAUGAGAAUUUGACCAAAAUAUUAUUUUGUAAAAUGUAUCAAAAAGGGGAAAUAAUAAAAAAAAAUAAAAAAAUCACCGCCCGACCAAGUAUUUACAAAAAUUACAGGUUAUUAUUAUUUUACCUUUUAAAAAUUACUUCAAGGUUUUAAAAAAUAAUAGAGGUUUUAAACUUCAUGGUACUGUUAGUCAGAAAGUUUCUUGUUAUUUUAACAAAAAUAAAUUUACCAUGCGCUAUAUUUGAUUUAUAAUUUUAUUUUCUUAGCAUUCCUAUUUUAUAGCACACUGACAAUUGCUUUUAAAAUCUAUGCAAUCAGGAAUUAUUGCAUUUAGAUUGUAUUUGGUGUUAUUUACAUUUGCAGCACUUGGAACUGCAUCCCUUUUAGUAAAUAAUCAAAUGCUAAAAUAAUUUCCUCGGUGAAGUCAAUUGAGAAUAAAAUGUCAGGUAGCUUCAGUUCAUCUAAUUUGGAACGCCCUUCCUGUCGAUCUCAGAAACAACCAGACACUGGAGUCCUUUAAAACCGAUUUAAAGACACAUCUAUUUCGCAAACACCUUCUGGGAUGAUUGUCAACAUUAUUUUCCAGUUAAUGCAUAAUGGCUGUGUUGCUUAUGGUUGAAAUGGCUAGAAAGACUUUGCCAUUGUAUGCUUGUACUUAGUUUUUGUCGUGUUGCGUUUGUUUUAAAUGUGGUAAACUAUAGAUUUGUUUUUUUUUACUUUGUACCGCGCUUCGAGCCUUUGGGGAUGAAGCGUGUUUUUUAAAUGAACUUUAUUAUUAUUAUUAUUAUCUAUAUCAGGGGUCUCCAAACUUUUCAGUCCGAGGGCCGCAUUAACUAUCAAACAGCAGUUCGGGGGCCGCAUACACACGCGAGGUCCAAAUAACAAAGAAUCAAAACACGAAUGUUGUUUCUAAUUAUUUAUGUAUUAUUAUUUCAUUCAGUUAUUGUUUAAUAACACAUUGAUACACGACACAUGAACACCUGUAUUAGUAUUAGUAUGAAUGGUGAACUUGUUUCCUGAAUGCCAAAAUAGCAGUGAUCAGCAGACAUUUCUGGAUUUAGAUUUGAUGUCCCUAACAUCAACAGUGACCUGAGAUGAUCAUCGGACAAAUUUGUUCUCAAAUUGUUCCUCACUUAUUUCGUUCUUGAAAAUGUUUGUUCACACAGGUCUGUUGUUCCAAAGUUGAAAAGGUACAUUUAUGCAAAUGUUUUGAAAUUAGGAAAGUCUUCCUUGGGCGAAAACUAGUUAAAAAACCCACUGGUCCUUCUUUUAACUUGUCCCUAUGGAGGUCAUUUGCUUGCAACUCUAUGACCUCCGGGUGCAGUUCAUCUGGGCGACUGGUCACAUCUGCUUCAAAUGGGUUUUGAAAAAGUCUCACUUCUUCUGCCUUUGAAUCCAAGUCAGAAAACCGCUGCUGACACUGCUGAUUUUGAUGAUCUAGCAUACAAAUGAGGUGGGCAAGUUGUUGGCCUAUGUAUUUGUUCCAAAAACCAAGACAAAAUUGGAUCUGAAGGCCUUUAGAAAGGUGUAUAGAUCAGAAACUAGAUUUUCCUCUCUCCUUGUAAUUUUAGGUUCAGAAAAUUUAAAUGACUAGUUAUGUCUGCAGCAAAGACCAAUUUCCAUACCCACUCUUCAUCAGACAGUAAUGGCCGUGGAUUGCCUUUACUUUCCAGGAAGUCACCUUUUUCCUUUCUUAACUUAAAUACUCUGCUCAGAACUUUCUCACAACUUAGCCAUCUUAUUGCUGUGUAAUUUGGUAAAUCUUGUGAUUUUGUGUCUGUAUCUUUGAACAUUUCUCUGAACUGUCUAUGGUUGAGCCCAUGUGACCAAAUUAAAUGAACCCUCUUUACCACAGGAUUCAGUACACUGCUAAUGUCCACAUAUUUUUCACACAAAGCUUUGUGCUGAAUAAUACAGUGCAGGAACAUUGGUUGCAGGAUUAUGUCUCAUUACACAUGUGCUUCACUUGUCCUCCCAAGCCUUUCUUUAUGCCACUCAUGUUCUUUCCUCCAUCAACAGUCAGGCAACUGUGGUUAGUCCAGUCCAAGUUAUAAUCAGCAAAUGUUUUUUUCAACUCAUUGAAUAUAUCCUCUCCUGUAACAGUGUCGUACAUGCUAAGUAGGGAAGCCAGCUCUUGUGUUAUUUUCAUGUCUUCAUCCACACCUCUAACGAAAACAAGCAGUUGAGAGGUGUCUAGCGAUUCAUCCAUUUCAAUAAAAAAUUGGCAAAACUUGCUUGCAUUUUUCGCUGUUUGAGUCACAAUGUUUUCACGCAUGUCUGCAACACGGCGGGUAAAGCUCCGCCGCUAUAUGGCGUUAUAUCAUCUCAUUGACUGUGAACGGAAGUAGAAAAACUAAGCAGCGCAUAAGGUUUUGCCAAGUCAUGAUCGGUUAGAAAACAUAACGCACUACUGCUUGCCUCUAUUUUAAUUUGGUAAAAACAUAACGUCCACGUAAGCGGCGUCUGAUCUUGGCAGGAUAGACAUAAAUUUCCGUAUUUUUCCCCGUAGACAAAAAGGUCUCUGCGGGCCACAUGAGACGGCCUCGCGUGCCGCAUGCGCCGUAGUUUGGAGACCCCUGAUCUAUAUCAUAGUUUUCUUUUGAACAAUCCUGAAGAGAUUAUAGCUGGCAUUAUCAACAAAAUGGAAAAAGGGAUUAGUCCAGUGCUGUUCUCUUUACUUAGAAUGAUAUAUUCAUUUAUCAACUGGCCAUCACCACACAGGUCACAGGAAGCAAUUGUAUGAUUUCAAAAUCUGAUUUGACAAUAUUUGGUUUUUCUCCCCAAUAAUUGCCUAGAAAUACACGAUCAGUUUUGGUUUUGUUCACAAAAGAAAAUCCAUUUGCUUUCAUAUUAUUUGAAAUAAGUGAGGCUUUUCUCUCCACUGAACAUAGUGUAAAUUCUAUUAUCUCUUAACCAUCACAUCAUAUCACAUUGCUUUGAUUUUUAUCUUUACUUACUUCUGUUAAAGUCUGACAAGUUCACUUUGCACAGUUUGUCCUCAUUGUCUGUUUCAUUAUUAUAAACUUUGAAGAAUUUCUUACUUGAAUAAAUCUGUUUUUGGCAAUAGGGCAUGAGCCCACAAUUCAUGGUAGUAAUGAAACAUUGUUGCGGUUGACGAGUAUUUUUGUACACUGAGGACUUGUACAGUUGACAUGCACAUUAGUAGUACUAGAAAUGUGUAAAAGUGGUAUAUUGUUGAGUUAUCAACAAACCACAGUUGAUGGAUGGUUUAGAGGGUCCCAUGGUAGUUGAAUAGGUGUAUUUUGUCCCAUGGUAGUUGAAUAGGUGUAUUUUACAAAUGUUUCAACCAAAUUCAGUGUGAAACAUAUCUUGAAAAUCCUUAGACUUUAUGAUGCAGAUUGUAUCCAUGUUAUGAUGACAUUUCUUCCCACACAACUCAGCCUGGCUUUCUGGCUGGGGGAAACUUAGGAGUGGGAACCAGUGGGUCAUCAUCUCGAACCUCAUACAAGCCUAGCCUGUGAAUGUAAAAGAAGAACUAAUAUUAUAGACCUUUAUGCAACUAUUAGGGAUGCAAUGAAUAUAAAAUAUAUACUUUUCUUAAAUUUCCAGUUUUUAAUGCUUCAAAUACUGUCUAAAAACCGUUAUGACAAAAAAAAUUAGUGUCAGAUAAUUAAUUUUUUUAUAACACACAUGGAUGUCAAAUUUCAUGGUCUUUAGGAUGAAAUCUAUCAUAAUAAACAGUGCCGACUGCAUUGUUUACAUUCCUUAGAAACAGUUUCUAAGCAUAACGUCUUCUAAAAUUAUUUAUAUAAUAAAAUAUUCGCAAAUUAUACAAUGAUUUUAUUUGCGUAGAUUCAUUUUAAAAUGGGUAGUAAAUACUUCAAUUAUGAUUAAAAAUACAAUUUAAGCUGAUAAAAUAAAAAUAAAAGUAAAAAAUCUAUUAAAAAUAUAGAAUGACGAAACAAAACACUCGAUUACUAACCUUCUAGUUUUAGUGACUAUAAUGGGCUAUAAAGUCAGAUUCUCAUCAAAAUCUGAAUCAAAGUCACUAGAUUCAGGUUCCCAACUAUCUUCCCCAGAUGUUUCAGAUAAAAUUUGAUCAAUAUUUUCGUCAGUAGUAUUCAGUAUUUAAAAUUUUGGGCUGCCGAGUCGACUAGCGUCUGGCACAAAUUUUCCUAUCCUAAAAUGGCGAGUAACGCUGCGGCAUGUCACAUGAACGUCGAACUCGAAAAAAAAAAUCAUUUAUUAUUUAAAAUCUUUAAAUAUUAUUUUUUAAUAUAUUUUUCUUCCAAAAGUAUGAUAAAAUAUUUAUAGAACACUUAAUAAAUAAAAAAGACAAUAUUUUAUUAGCGAAAAUAACCAACGUAUAUAGUUGUAUGCUCUCUAUAUAAGAGGAAUGAAAAGAGUUAAGUGUAAUUCAAACUUUUUGAUUUUAUGUGUGGUUGUUAAAUUAAUCACCUUUAUUCUUAACACUUUCUCAGCGUAACAAACUCAGAGGGCAAGUGGAGGAGGCCAAGAGCUCAAUGGCGGCCUCAAAGAGUAAGAAUCGCGUAUUGGAUGCUCUGAUGGCAGAAAAAAAGAAAGGAACACUUCCUGGAAUUUAUGGCAGAUUGGUAAGUUAUUGGCAAGUGUCAGAUCCUUACACACUGCGACACACAAAUGUCUGGUAAGGUAAUAGUCUCCAAUCAUAAGACAACAUACAACUGAAACCUGGCACAUACGCACAUCUGGUAGAUUAAAGGUGUCAGAAUAAAUACACAUCCUAGCAUAGUCAAUAUGUAACAAUCUGUGUAAAAUUAAUUUGUAAAAUUGUUGAUAAAAUGAGAGAUUCAGUAUUAUUAUAUAUUUUACUGUAACCUCCAAACUUCAUUUGCACAAUUGCCUAAUGAGGAAUCCAACUUCUCCAAUAAUAUUUGCUUGAUUAAUAUCUGUUGGCAAUGUAAGUAAAUGAGUUUCAUUACAUAAAACUAAUGUGGAAAGAAAGUUUAACUCAACAAAUCAAAAUGACCUUUGUUUUGUUAAAAAGUUUAACUCAACAAAUCAAAAUGACCUUUGUUUUGUUAAAAGGGUGACCUCGGUGCCAUUGAUGCCCAUUAUGAUGUUGCCAUUUCGACUGCUUGCGGAAGCUUGGAUCAUAUAGUGGUGGACAAUAUCGACACAGGCAAACGCUGCAUUGAGUUCUUGAAGCGCAACAACAUUGGCCAAGGGCAUUUCAUUUUGUUGGACAAGAUGGAAGUGUGGCGUGCUGAGACCAAGAAAAAAAUUAUAACGUAGGAUGUUUAUUUAAAUAAUUUUCAUACAUUUUCUAGCUUUUGUCAUAGUUUAUCAGCCAGACAUUUAAAAUUCUUGUAUAUCAUUUGUAAGUAUAAAUAGUAAAUAGAUUUUAUGAAGAAGACAUGUUUACAUAACAGGAAACUUAGAAUAAUGAAAAAAAUCACAUGACAUCUUUUAGUUUUUUAAAUGAUUAAUGUACAGUUGGUAUUAUUUUUUUUUAUCUUGAUCAUUAAACAUUUAUUGUAAUUGCUCUAGAAGGAGAAAACCUACCCUUUUUCUAAAACCAACCUUUUGCCAUUACAGGCCUGAAAAUGUACCUCGAUUGUUUGAUUUGGUGAAAGUGAAGGAAGAAGCACUCAAGACAUGCUUCUACUAUGCCUUGAGAAACACUCUCGUUGCGAAGGAGAUAGACCAGGGCACCCGGAUUGCUUAUGGUAAAACAAGAUACAGGGUGGUGACGCUCAAGGGAGAGCUGAUAGAGUUAACAGGUAAUAAGUGAAUCUAAUUUUUCUUUGGCAAACAGAAAUUAUCGAUGUUUCAUUGAUGUUUUUAAUCUGGGGGAUAUGUUUAAAAAAAAAAAAUAGUCCUUUACUACUGAAAAUUUACCGUACCGAUAUUAUAGAGAAACAUACAAAAAAAUGUUAAACAUCCUUAUUCACAUAUCUUUUUUCUUAAAACAGAAACAAACUCUCUCCCCCCCCCCAUGGAACCUGACAUUAAUUCAAUUAUAUUCAUUUCAAACUUUUGGCAUAAUACAAAGCUUGAAUAAAUAUGAAAUCCAUCGCCUUCCCAAAACAAAUAAAUAUCUUCUCAUAAUGUUACAACACUCAUUGGUCCCAUUCACCAAAUGUAGUUAUUUUCUUUCACCAGGUGCAAUGAGUGGUGGAGGCACCUCAGUUUGUAAAGGUAAAAUGGGCUCAGCUAUUGUGUCAGAUGUUGACCCUAAAGAAAUAAUCAACAUGGAGAACACACUAGAAAAA